UGUUGCGUGCAUAAAAAUUAACGCGAUUUUAAUGUUAUCGAAAAUUAAAUUCUUCAAAAUAAGUUAUAAAGACAGCAAUUUUAUCGUUCACAGGCUAUUAUUAUAUUUCAUCCCUUUUUUUACCGCCAUACAGAGUAAUUUUAUUAUUCUUGGACCUAUCAUUAUUCUUUCUUACAGUUAGCGCCACGCAAGGACAUCGGCACCAUUCUUUCCUCCUCCUCCUUUCCUACAUGGCGGCAAUCAAACACGUAAACAAACAUGCUCGGCACAGCGCGGUUCUAGUAGUGGCAAAAUAGCUUCCGGUGUUUACUUUUCACUUCGAGCCAUUUGAAAUGAGUGCACCAGCAUUGUACAGGACAACAAAACAAUUUUGAGAAGAAUCGACAACAGAGAGAGGGCGCAGACAAGCUGGAGAAGAACCCAGAACAGGACCUGGAGGAGCAAGACACAGGCCACAUGCUCGAGUGAGAAAAACGGGACUAAUCUACGGAAAAUAGAAAAAAGUCCACGCAAUAUUUCGUCGGGAACUUCUCACCGGCACCUCUUCUGUCUGAACGUAGCUGACCCCCUAACAAACGCACUCCGCAUUAAAGAAGAGGCAAGAGAUUCUUGUGACUUCGAGUCAUCACGUGCCAGGCCCUUUGGAAUCACAACUCCAAGAAAAUGCAGUUCUCUCUGGAGUUCCGCAAUCAGCCCGUGAGAGUGAAAUCGGAACCACCUGAUGUUGCAUGCCUGCCACAACAGGGUCAGGUACAUCAACAGCACUGUGGAGUGACAGCUGGGACAUGUGACAUUAAAGAAGAACCUCGAGAGGAAUCUUCAAAGGAACAUGCAAUCGUGGAAGUCAAAACGGAGCCUUAUAACGUUGCAAUCUUGACUGGACAGGACCAAAUGGGACGCAAGUGUGAUUCAACAUCAGAAGGAGUGACAUCUGGGACGUGUCCUAUUAAGGAAGAACCUCGAGAGGAAUCUUCAAAUGAAGAUCCAAUCAUAGAAGUGAAAACAGAGGCUUACAAUGUUCCAGUCUUGGCAGAAGAGGAACAGAUGGGCUGUGACCCGACAUCAGAAGGAGCAACAGUUGGUAUGUUUGACAUUAAAGAAGAACCUCGGGAGGAAUCUUCACAGGAAGAUCCAAACAUAGAAGUGAAAACAGAGGCUUACAAUGUUGUGCUUUUGGAAGGACAGGAACCAAUGGGACACAGAUGCGACCCAACAUCAGAAGGAGCAACACUUGGGAUGUGUCACAUUAAAGAGGAACAUCAAGAGAACUCUUCGAAUGAACAUCAAAUUGUACAAGUGAAGACGGAGCCUUGCAAUGUUGCACUCUUGGCAGAGAAGGACCAGAUGGGACACAGCUGUCUGUCAGCAUCAGAGGGAGCAAGAGGAAGCACUGGUUUGCUCCACAUUAACGACCAGCCCAGAGGCACUUGUGAUCAAGCAUCUUCUGGUUGCACUUCUUCAGAGGCACAGUUCAAUAUCAGCACAAUAACCGUUGAAGCGCAGUUCGACAACACUUCACCAGUCCCUAUGGACAGUCCUCCCAUGGAGCAACCUCGAGACCAGAGCAAGCCAUGUGCACUUGCGUGCACGUCGAAAGACAGCCGGAGAUGUCACAUGCUUGCACAGUGUCACAAUGAGUCUGAAAAGUGUCCAGCUACUCCAUCAGGGGAUCAGAUGGGAGAGGAGGGUUUUAGGUACGACAUCUGUCCCUCUGCAUUCUUGCCGUCUGGCAGUGACACGAGUCACGUGUCAAAGCGUACUGACGAGGAGUCAUGCAAGUCCGACCACUGUCCUGCACAGUUCCACCAGAGGAGGAGUCUGCGGUGUCACAUGCAAACGCACAUGAACCAGCAGUUGUACAAGAAUGAUACCUGCCCUGCGAAGUUCAGCCGUAUUGUGCACCGGCGGCUUCGCAAGCGAGCACACACUCGCGAAAAACUAUACAAGUGUGAUGCCUGCCCGGCAGAGUUCAGCCGGACCUGGCACCUACAGCGUCACAAGCGGACACACAGGGGUGAGAAACCGAAUAAGUGCGAUCUCUGUCCCGCUGAGUUCAGCCAGAGCAAGAGCCUGUUGGAUCACAAACUGACGCACAUGGGCGAGAAAACACAGAAGUUCAAUGUUUGCCCUGCGGAGUUCGGUCGGAGAAGGAGCUUUCAGAAGCACAAGUGGACACACACGAGCAAGAAGCCAUACAAGUGCGAUGCCUGCCCAGCGAAGUUCAGCCAUAACGAACAUCUCCAGCGUCACAAGCGGACACACACCGGCGAGAAACCAUACAAGUGCGAUGCCUGCCCAGCGGCGUUCAGUGAGAGAGGGAACCUACAGCAGCACAAGCGGACACACACGGGCGAGAAGCCAUACAAGUGCGAUGUCUGCCAAGCGAAGUUCAGCCAGAGCGGGCACCUACAGCGUCACAAGCAGACACACAAAGGCCAGAAACCAUAUAAGUGCGAUCUCUGUCCUGCUGGGUUCAGCAAGAGUAAGAGCCUGUCAGAUCACAAACUGACGCACACAGGCAAGAAAACAUACAAGUGCAGUGUUUGUUCUGCGGAGUUCGGUCAUACAGGGAACUUACAGCAGCACAAGCUGACACACACGGGCGAGAAGCCAUACAAGUGCGACGCCGGCCCAGCGAAGUUCAGCCAUAACGAACAUCUCCAGUGUCACAAGCGGACACACACUAGCGAGAAACCAUACAAGUGCAAUGCCUGCCCAGCGGAGUUCAGUGAGAGAGGGAACCUACAGCAGCAUAAGAAGACACACACGGGCGAGAAGCCAAACCAGUGCGAUGUCUGCCCAGCAAAGUUCAGCCAGAGCGGGCACCUCCACCGUCACAAGCGGACACACAGGGGCGAGAAACCGUACAAGUGCGAUCUCUGUCCUGCUGAGUUCAGCCAGAGCAAGAGCCUGUCGGAUCACAAACUGACGCACACGGGCGACAAGCCAUACAAGUCCAAUGUUUGCCCUGCGGAGUUCGGUCAGAGAGGGAACUUACAGCAGCACAAGUGGACACACACGGGCGAGAAGCCAUACAAGUGCGAUGCCUGCCCAGCGAAGUUCAGCCAUAACGAACAUCUCCAGCGUCACAAGAGGACACACACCAGCCAGAAACCAUACAAGUGCGAUGUCUGCCCAGCGGCGUUCAGUGAGAGAGGGAACCUGCAGCAGCACAAGCGGACACACACGGGCGAGAAACCAUACAAGUGCGAUGUCUGCCCAGCAAAGUUCAGCCAGAGCGGGCACCUACAGCGUCACAAGCGGACACACAGGGGCGAGAAACCGUACAAGUGCGAUCUCUGUCCUGCUGGGUUCAGCCAGAGCAAGAGCCUGUCGUAUCACAAACUGACGCACACAGGCAAGAAAAUAUCAAAGUGCAGUGUUUCUGCUGCGGAGUUCGGUCAGAGAGGGAACUUACAGCAGCACAAGCUGACACACACGGGCAAGAAGCCAUACAAGUGCGAUGCCUGCCCAGCGAAGUUCAGCCAUAAUGAGCAUCUCCAGCGUCACAAGCGGACACACACCGGCGAGAAACCAUACGAGUGCGAUGCCUGCCCAGCGAAGUUCAGUGAGAGAGGGAACCUACAGCAGCACAAGCGGACACACACAGGCGAGAAACCAUACAAGUGCGAUGUCUGCCCAGCAAAAUUCAGCCAGAGCGGGCACCUACAGCGUCACAAGCGGACACACAGGGGCGAGAAACCGUACAAGUGCGAUCUCUGUCCUGCUGAGUUCAGCCAGAACAGGAGCCUGUCGGUUCACAAACUGACACACACGGGCGAGAAAACAUACAAGUGCAAUCUUUGCCCUGCAGAAUUCGGUCAGAGAGGUAACUUGCAGCAGCACAAGCGGACACACACGGGCGAGAAGCCGUACAAGUGCGAUGCCUGCUUGGCGGAGUUCAGCCAGAAAGGACAGCUCCAGCGUCACAAGCGAGCACACACCGUCGAGAAACAAUACAAGUGGGGUGCUUGCCCAGCGGAGUUCAGUGAGAGGAGCCUGCAGCAGCACAAGCGGACACACAUGAGUUCGAAGUCAUACAAGUGCAGUGCCCGCCGUGCUGCGCUCAGCCCGAGGAGGAACCUACGGCAGCGUAAGCGGACACACACGGGCGAGAUGCUAUACAUGUGUGAUGUCUGCCCUGGUAAUUUCAGCCUGAGCAGGAACCUACGGCAGCACAAGCGGGCAUACAAGGGCGAGAAGCCAUAAAAGUACCACGUCUGUCCUGCAGAGUUCAGCCAGAGCAGACACCUACAGAGCCACAAGACAGACAGUCUCGAAGCCAUACAGGAGCAUUCCCUGUUCUGCAAACUUGAGGUAGUGCCAAACCUGCAGCGUUACAGCUGCAUGCAGGUACAUGGGUGUGAAGCCGUACAAAUGCCACUUCUGUUAUUCAGGGAUCAUUCACAGGACCAGCAGGCACGAGCAAGCGAACCAAACAGCUGCUGGCUGAGCAUGAGCUAGUUCAGCCAGAGCAGGAACCUGUGGCUUCACAUGUCUCCACAAGACACUUGAGAUUUGAAACUGUGGAAGUACAGAUGCCAUGCACAGGCGAAAGAAUCCGUCCAAUUAAGUGUCACUUCUGUGCUGUUGUAUGUCCUUCAUGAACACAUGAUGAUGCGCAGGGAGAAAAGGCUAUGCAGAUGUGGUGUAUAUCAUAUCCCAUUUUAUUUCUGCUUUUUUUUCUUGUGGAAUGUUUCAAAACUUGCAUGCAUGAACAAACUGAGGUUCAAAAAUAGUUGGAUUGGAGCUGGAUUUGGUGGUGAUGCAUUGAAGUGUCACGAAACCCAGUGCCGGGGAGACAAACAGACAUGAAAAAGACAUCCUCUCACAGGCUCUGAGCUGCAGAGAACGGUUCAUUUCCUUGAGCAACAUGCUCUUAUA